CCUCAUCCUUAUUCGCUGCAACUAAAAAAUUCCUUUUCAUAGUAAACAAUGGGCGUCGGCUCUCAGAGAUCAUCAUCUACACUAUCAUCAACGUUGAAUCCCAACGCUCCGAUGUUCGUGCCGCUGGCUUAUCGGACGGUGGAGGACUUCUCGGACCAGUGGUGGGCCCUUGUCCAGUCCUCCCCUUGGUUCCGCGACUACUGGCUGCAGGAACGCUACCUCGAUCCCCAAUACUUUCUCUCCUUCGAUGAUAUUUUUGAUCCUGUCCUUCCGGAUCUCGAUUCUCUCCUUGACGACCUCGAGUACGACGAGAUCUUCAAGAAUCAGGAGGAGGAGGAUCCGCGGCGUGAUCUGGUGAAGAUCGGAUCGGAAAAGUGGCGAAAGGGACGAAUCGUGGCGGAAGCUCCGAGGUUUGCGGAGAAGGCACCGAAGAUCGUGAACAUGAAGGUGGUUAGUCCAAGGAUGAUACACCAGCCCAGGUGAAUAGAGAUUUCCUUAUCUCGUGGAGCGACUCAGUGAGUCCGAGGAGUUGGCUCCGAGUUGGAGCUAUUUCUGUACAUAGAAGUUAAAACUAACUUCCAUUUCCUUCACUGUACUUGAGUUAUGUUCAUGUGUAGCUGGCCUGUGCUUAUCUUUUCUCGUUUGUAAUCUCUGCUUUAAUCCAAUCAAAGAACAGUAAGAGAGAAAAUUUGUUGUUGCA